GUGGAAACCGACGUCAGGGAAGCUGCCGUGGAACGCGCGGCGCUGCCCCUUGUGCAGCCAGUCUACGGUGGACUUCUGCACUCCAUCCCUAGGAGCGUACUGCAUAAAUACAAGCCAGAGAUAGCACUCCAGUUCCAGUGCCAACUCUGCCGUUUCUCCUCCGCUCGAUCACCCAUGGACCUGCUGCGAGGAAGCGGUGCGACGCCGGCGGUCACGGCGGCCACCGCGCUGCUCAACGCGCUCGCCAGGGAGUUCGUGCCCAUGGGCGCCACCGCCGACGUCCUGAACCCACUCGCCAAGGAGUACUUGCCCGCGGGCGCUGCUGCCGUGCUUAACCCGCUCGCCAGGGAGUUCAUGCCGUGGUGGUGCGUUGGGGGCGGAUCAGGGAGGGGGCUCUCAGCGGACCCGCCGGAGUUCGUCGUGGCGCCGGGGCUCUAUUUGCAGGAUCUCACCACGGUAGUCGGCUACCCUGCACGCGGCACCGGCGUCUACAUCGGCAAUGCCGUCCCAACUAGGACCUGGAGAAGAUCAAGGGUUAGCAGCUACUCACGACAGGGAAGGGGCAGGUAUUCUUACCGGAUUCAAAGGAUCCACGACCAAGAAUUUGUGAGAAGAACAAUUUAUGUUGGCGAUAUUGAUCACACCGUCACCGAAGAAAUGUUGGCUGGGCUCUUUGGAAUAUGCGGAGUCGUUGUAGAUUGCCGUCUUUGUGGACACCCCACUUCUGGUUUUCGCUUCGCCUUCAUAGAGUUUCAGUAUCAGGAGGAUGCAUUUGUUGCGCUGCAUUUUGAUGGGAUCAUUAUAGGACGUCGCCCUCUGAAGGUAGCACCUUCUAGGACUGCAAUCGUGCCUAUCAAGCAUUCGUUUCUUCCUCAGUCUGAAGAUGAAAAGGAGAGGUCUUCAAGGACAGUAUACUGCACUAAUAUUGAAAAUAUGGUCACUGCCGUUGAGCUAAAGGACUUCUUCCAGACAUAUUUUGGCUUGGUUUCUCGUGUAAGGCUUCUGGGUCAUAGCAACCAUGGCACUAAGAUAGCUUUUGUUGAGUUUGUGGAGGUUAAUGGCGCUAUUAUUGCUUUGAGAUCCAGCGGCAUAUACAUGAGAGGCCUUGCUAUCAGGGUGAUCCCUUCAAAGACACCAAUCAGGACAACCUUCAAUGAUAAUGGGCGCAUUGAUAACUAACUGUUGCCUCUCUGCGAGUUAUUGUGCCUUAGAGAAUGAGGCGUUUUAUCUAGAGGCUAGCUGGUCAACUACUCGUUUAAGCAAUCGAUGCAUGUGAAUGCUAGUUCAAGACUAUGUUGUCGUUAUCAUAGUCCUCCUGGACUCUUGUAACUGGAGAGAUGAUGUUACACUCCCAAGACUAAUUUCAUUGUGGAUGUAUCUGUGAUGUCAUUUCAAUGUUUGUCGAAAGGCCUAGACCGAUCUUUAUGA